AUCUGCUUGGUUAGAUGAAUCUGAAGAACAGAACAGAUUCAGGAUCAAAAGCCUGGCUGGUAUGUCUCGAAUGUCAUGGUAUGUGAGGAUUCUUGCCUAGUGAUGUUUUUAUUAAAGAAGAUAAAUUGUCCAGCAUAAAACUUAGCCUCUCUUGCAACCAACGGCUGGACUACAACAAUUUCUUCUUAAGCAGUAUCUAAGAGCACACUUGGGUGGCUUAAAUAAUGGUACCAAAGGAAUGCUUUCUUAUGGAUUUGGAAGAAGACUUUAUUAGUUGCAACUUCUCUAACUACAGUGAAAACUUCUCUCUGAGGAAUGACUGGUUGAACCCAGGAUUCUUGUAUAUCAUCCCAGUUGUGUAUGGGCUUAUUAUUCUGAUCGGACUGGUUGGCAAUAUUACCCUGAUCAAGAUCUUUUGCACGGUCAAAUCUAUGAGAAAUGUGCCUAACUUGUUCAUCUCCAGCCUGGCUUUGGGAGACUUGCUUCUGCUCAUCACAUGUGCCCCUGUGGAUGCUAGCAGGUAUCUGGCAGACAGGUGGCUUUUUGGCAGAAUUGGUUGUAAACUGAUCCCCUUCAUCCAGCUCACUUCAGUUGGGGUAUCAGUCUUUACACUCACAGCUCUCUCUGCAGACAGAUAUAAAGCUAUUGUUCGACCAAUGGAUAUCCAAGCCUCCCAUGCCCUGUUGAAGAUCUGCUUAAAAGCAGCUUUUAUCUGGAUCAUCUCCAUGAUGCUCGCCAUUCCUGAAGCGGUGUUUUCCGAUCUGCACCCAUUUUAUGAACAGAGCACUAAUCAAACCUUUGUCAGUUGUGCACCAUAUCCUCAUUCCAAUGAAUUGCACCCCAAAAUCCAUUCAACAGCUUCCUUCCUGAUCUUCUACAUUAUUCCCUUAUUCAUCAUUUCUGUUUAUUAUUAUUUCAUUGCCAAGAAUUUGAUCCGAAGUGCUUACAAUUUGCCAGUGGAAGGGAACAUACAUGUCAGAAGGCAGAUCGAAUCGCGAAAGCGGCUGGCAAAGACGGUUCUGGUGUUCGUAGCUCUCUUCGCGGUCUGCUGGCUGCCCAACCAUAUCAUCUACCUGUACCGCUCCUACCACUACUCAGAGGUGGACAUCUCCAUGCUGCAUUUUAUCACCAGCAUCUGCGCCCGGCUCCUGGCCUUUGCCAACUCCUGCGUGAACCCCUUUGCUCUCUACUUGCUGAGCAAGAGUUUCAGGAAACAAUUCAACGCCCAGUUCUCCUGCUGUGGGCCAGGAUUGCUCAGGAGGUCUCAGAGUACCGGCAGGAGCACCACAUGCAUGACCUCACUCAAGAGCACCAACCAGUCGGUGGCUACCUUCAGCCUCAUCAAUGGCAACCCUGUCUGCCAUGAGGGUUAUGUGUAGAUUUGACUCAGGAAAGGUGGUUUCAGGCUGGGCUCUCUAUGGGUCCAUCAGGACUUUUAGCUCCUCUCACUCUUUUCCCUCCAGCUCCAAUUUGCAUCUGCAUGUUGGAGAAAACAUCUGAAACCCUAGAGAAAUUGGUUCUGGCAGAAAGGAGAUGAGAAGGAAGGACAAAGCUGUGAGUGUUUUUAAAGAGAUGACACCAUGUUCAUAUCUUCUACUGUGAUUGACUCAGGGAGAUGUUUCAGCAGGAUGAAUGUUUCAGCAGGUCAGAAUCCUAAACUCUAGUUUUCAGGCAUAAUUUGCUUUAAGCCAAAUAGGUAACUAUUUAGUUUUCCAAAGCAAAACAAACAAACAAAAAAAGAGAUAAUGGUUCAUUUUAUCAAGUAUUUCUUCUUUAGGGUUUUCUAAUAAUGGAAACUGAUUAGUUUAAAAUGUGGUUUGAUUUAUCUUUCCAGGAAAAUAUCUAUUGUUCUCAGUGAAGAGCAACUUUUUAUGAAUCAAACAUGGCAAGUAUGUUUGACGUGCACCUGUCUAAUGCUUUAGUGUUCAAGCUAAGGGACCUUCUCCAUUUAGAAAAUCCAGACAAAAAGAGGCAUUAAAAGUUGCUGAAUAUUUAUUUUUCAAGGUAGGCUGUUCUGGUUUUUUUGUCUUGUUAUCUUCCAUGCUUAGCAACUUGCCUGGUACAUAACAGGACCUUAAUAAAUACUUAUUGACUAAGUUCAAGGUAAUGCAGACAAUUCAGAAUUAUCUUUACUUGCUCCUUCCCUUGUGUGUAUGUCACAUAGCUUCACAAGACUGAAUUCUUACUUGAUGACAGUCUUUUUUCAUUUGGUUGCCAAAAAGAUCUAUUGCUUAGAAAUAAGCAAUUGUUAGGAGGUAAAAAACACUAAUUUAAAAUUUUUACCUAUUUCCUAGAGCUAAAUAUGUGUAUUCAUAUUCAUAUAAAUAUGUAUAAUAUAGUAUUUAUUUAUAUCAUAAAUUUUUAAAUGUGGUAUUUAGGGGAUAAGAAAGAGUGGGUGGGUUGUUGUAUCUGCCUUAUAAAGGCAAUUAAUUUAAAUGUGAAAGCAGUCAAGUGAAUUUGAAUAAAAAUUUGUUUACUGGUAAAAGUAGUUCACUUAUGUUUCCUUCUCCCUCACACCCCAAAGAUCAAAGCAAACUCCAUCUGUUACAUUUUAUGGAGCAUGGAUUUCUCCUAGAAUCUGUAUGAAAAAUUUGAAGUAUACUUUUCAGAUUUGUUUAAUGGCAAUCACCUUUAUUUUGCUCUGCCUCUUGAAAAGAGCUUUCUUUAGCCCAUAUGCAGAAAACAAAUCUAUCUGCAAAGUAAUGAAUGCAUAGAAUUUUUUAAAAAUUCAUUUGUUGAUUAAAGGGUGAUACCAUAAGCAAAUUAGAAGAGCAAGAAAUGGUUUACCUGUUAAGCUAUAGAAAAGGGAAAAAAUUAUGACCAUGCUAUAGAGAACAUUAUAAAAUACAAAAUGGAUAAUUUUGAUCAUAUUAAAUUUUUAAAAAUUUGUUCAAACCUAAUCAAUGCAGCCAAGAAUAGAAGGAAAACAGAAAGAUGGGGAAAAAUUUUACAG